GAUGACCUCAAGGAGAUGCUCGAUAGCAACAAGGAUUCACUCAAGCUGGAGGCCAUGAAGAGGAUCGUGGCGAUGAUCGCCCGGGGUAAAAAUGCCUCUGACCUCUUCCCUGCCGUGGUGAAAAACGUUGCCUGCAAGAACAUCGAGGUGAAGAAGCUGGUAUACGUCUACCUGGUGCGCUACGCAGAGGAGCAGCAGGAUCUGGCCCUGCUCUCCAUCUCCACCUUCCAGCGAGGACUCAAGGACCCCAACCAGCUGAUCCGAGCCAGCGCCCUGCGGGUCCUCUCCAGCAUCCGCGUACCCAUCAUCGUGCCCAUCAUGAUGUUGGCCAUCAAGGAGGCUGCCUCAGACAUGUCCCCAUACGUGCGCAAGACAGCUGCCCACGCCAUCCCCAAGCUGUACAGCCUCGACUCGGACCAGAAGGACCAGCUCAUUGAAGUGAUCGAGAAGCUUCUGGCGGACAAGACCACGCUGGUGGCCGGCAGCGUGGUGAUGGCAUUCGAGGAGGUCUGCCCAGAGCGCAUCGACCUCAUCCACAAGAACUACCGCAAGCUCUGCAACCUGCUCAUUGACGUGGAGGAGUGGGGGCAGGUGGUCAUCAUCAACAUGCUGACCCGCUACGCACGCACCCAGUUCCUCAGCCCCAACCAGAACGAGUCCUUGCUGGAGGAGAGCGCCGAGAAGGCUUUCUAUGGCUCUGAGGAGGAGGACACCAAGGAUGCUAAAGCAGAAGCAGCCUCUUUGGCCAAGCGCAAGCCCUACGUCAUGGACCCCGACCACCGUCUGCUCCUGCGCAACACCAAACCCCUGCUGCAGAGCCGCAAUGCCGCGGUGGUGAUGGCUGUGGCACAGCUCUACUUCCACCUGGCACCCAAGGCGGAGGUUGGCGUCAUCGCCAAGGCGUUGGUGCGGCUUCUGCGGAGUCACAGUGAGGUGCAGUACGUUGUGCUCCAGAACGUGGCCACCAUGUCUAUCAAACGGCGGGGGAUGUUUGAGCCCUACCUGAAGAGUUUCUACAUCCGCUCCACAGACCCCACUCAGAUCAAGAUCCUCAAGCUGGAGGUCCUCACCAACCUAGCCAAUGAGACCAACAUCUCCACCAUCCUGCGGGAGUUCCAGACCUACAUCCGCAGCAUGGACAAGGACUUUGUGGCGGCCACCAUCCAAGCCAUCGGGCGCUGCGCCACCAACAUCGGGAAGGUGCGGGACACCUGCCUCAAUGGCCUGGUCCAGCUCCUCUCCAACCGGGACGAGCUGGUGGUGGCCGAAUCUGUGGUGGUCAUCAAAAAGCUGCUGCAGAUGCAGCCGGCUCAGCACAGCGAGAUCAUCAAGCACAUGGCCAAGCUCACCGACAACAUCCAGGUGCCGAUGGCGCGGGCCAGCAUCUUGUGGCUCAUCGGCGAGUACUGCGAGCACGUGCCCAAGAUCGCACCCGACGUGCUGCGUAAGAUGGCCAAGUCCUUCACCAACGAGGAGGACAUCGUCAAGUUGCAGGUCAUCAACCUGGCAGCUAAGCUCUACCUGACCAACUCCAAACAGAGCAAGCUGCUGACCCAGUACGUCCUCAACUUGGCCAAGUAUGACCAGAAUUAUGACAUCCGCGACCGGGCUCGCUUUAUCCGCCAGCUCAUUGUGCCCACCGAGAAAAGCGGGGCCCUCAACAAGUAUGCCAAGAAGCUCUUCCUAGCCCAAAAGCCUGCUCCCAUCUUGGAGUCCUCUUUCAAAGAUCGGGACCAUUUCCAGCUGGGCUCCCUGUCCCACCUGCUCAAUGCCAAGGCUGUGGGUUACCAGGAGCUGCCCGACUGGCCAGAUGAGGCCCCCGACCCCUCUGUGAGGAACGUGGAGGUUCCUGAGUGGACCAAGUGCACCAGCCGAGAGAAGAGGAAGGAGAAGGUGGAGAAACCUUUCUACUCCGACUCGGAGGGCGAGUCAGGGCCCACAGAGUCGGCAGACAGCG